CGCCCCGGGGCCGCGCGCCCUGCUGGGGCGGAGGCGCUGGCCGGGGUCGGCUCCCCCCGGCCCACACGCGCGUCACGCGCGCCGGAGCCCCGACGUCGGUUUCACUUCCUCUUCGCGCGGGGCUGGGGGACUCUGGCCCCGCCGAGCCCGGAGCCGCGGCACGCAGCGCCGGCGGCCGCCCGCCCGGGGCGCGCGCGGACCCUCCGCCCGCCCGGCGGCCCCUGGAGGGACCCGCGUCGGGGAGAUCCCGCCUCCAGCCGAGACGGAAACCGAAACCGCCGGCUCGCCUGGCGGCCCCGCCCGCCCUCAGGACCCUGGUCAGUUUCGAUUCUCGGCGCAGCCUGCGAGCCGGCGAGCGCGCGCCAUGGCGGACCCCGGGGUGUGCUGCUUCAUCACCAAAAUCCUGUGCGCCCACGGCGGCCGCCUGGCGCUGGACGCGCUGCUCCAGGAGAUCGGGCUCCCCAAGGCGCAGCUGUGCCACGAGCUGGAGGCGGCCGGCCUCGAGCGCUUCGUGGUGCUGGAGACGGGCGGCAAGGACGGGGUGUCCUGCUCCGUGGUGGCCACCACUCCCGUCCGAAUCUGCCGUCGCAAGCACUGCGAGAGGCCCUGCGGGAAGCUGCACCUGUGCAAGCUCAACGUGUUGGGCCGCUGCCACUACUCGCAGGCGGAGCGGAAUUUAUGCAAGUAUUCGCACGAAGUCCUCUCCGAAGAGAACUUCCAGGUCCUGAAAAGCCACGGUCUCUCUGGACUCAACCAAGAGGAGCUGGCGGUGCUGCUCAUCCAGAGCGACCCCUUCUUCCUGCCCGAGAUUUGCAAGACUUACAAAGGAGAGGGGCGCAAGCAGAUCUGCAGUCACCAGCCCCUGUGUGAAAGGCUGCACAUCUGUGAGCACUUCACCCGCGGGGAAUGUCGCUACCUCAACUGCCUCCGGUCCCACAACCUGAUGGACAGAAAGGUGCUGGCGGCCAUGAGAGAGCACGGGCUGAGCCCCGACGUGGUGCAGAACAUCCAGGACAUCUGCAACAGCAAGCACGCCAAGAACAACGCCGCAGGCACCAGAGGUACGCGCCUCCUCGCGGCUCCCUCCUCUAGAGCUCCUCCCCCGCAUCGCAGACCGGCCACCCCUCGAACGGCCGCCCCUCGAGACAGAAGCACAAGUAAAGACCGACCCUUUCAUGGCAGCAGAGAAUUCCUCUCGUCUGCUUUGGCUUCUCCGAGGUCCUGCACAUCCAGUCCAGAUGGCCCGGGCCUCGGGCCUUCCCCGGAGGCUGCGCCGGUAGACAAGCUCACGCACAGGUUCUCAGGCCUGGGCACUGGCGCUGGCCCUCUGCCUUCCUCGGGCUCGGCCACGCCCACUGAGCCCAGAGGACCGAUGAAGGUGGGAGGAAGCCAGCGGCUCCCCGAGAACGGCUGUGCCGCCGGCGCCCCGCGCAGGCCUCCAAGCAGCACGGACUCCGGCCGGAAGAGCUCCUCCGUCCAGGAAAGCACCAGGAAAGGGAGUGAUUCUGCACCAACCUCUGAAGCUGGAGCCACAGCGAGUGCGUGCGUCUCGGACCCCCAGGGUGCCGGGGCCGGAAGUGGGGCCGCAGGCUCCCCGCAGGCCUCUCUCUCUAACAAUGCUCACGGAGGGGCCGCAUAUCCGACUGACGGAGCCGGAACCGGUGGGCCAUUUGGGGAUCCCCUAGCCCUAGGAACAAGCCAAAGAACGGGUGGCGAUGACCCCGGAGUGGCGUCGCUGACUGACUCGGUGUCUGCUGUCCCGAGUGCCACAUCUCCCAGGCUGAACGACCACGGCUCAGAGGAGAUCUGUCUCGCCCACCUGUACGGCGGUUGUCAGCGGGACGGCAGCUGCAACCGGGUCCACUUCCACCUGCCUUACCGGUGGCAGGUGUUGAUUCUAAACAACUGGGUGGACUUCCAGGACAUGGAGAAGAUCGAGGAGGCCUAUUGCGACCCCAAAAACCAGAUCAUUUCCAUAGGAAGUGACAAAAUCAACUUCCAGAAAAUGACUUGCAAUUGUAAUCCCAUGCGCCGGGUCAGCACUCCCUCGUCUGUGACCGAUCCAGACAGUUCUGUCUUCACCACCCAGUGGAUCUGGUACUGGAGAAGCGAAUCGGACAGGUGGAUCCCGUAUGGAGAAGAGAACCACAACCAGCCAAGCUCGAAUAUCGACUCUUCGUACCUGGAGUCUUUGUUUCAGUCCUGUCGGAGGGGGAUUGUGCAGUUUCAGGCGGGUUCUCGAAACUAUGAGCUCAGUUUCCCAGGGAUGAUUCAGACCAACAUAGCUUCCAAGACUCAGAAGGGCGUUGCGAGGAGGCCAGCCUUCGUGUCCCUGUGGGAGGUGGAGCAGAUGAAAAGGAUACUGGACUGUCCGCAGGUGCAGAGCCAGCCAGAGCCUCCUUCCCCCUCGAACCUCCCUCAGCCAGUCGCCGACCCCCAGCCCUCGGACGGAUAUCAGCUGUUGGAGCUCAGCACCCACAGUUCAGAAUAUAUCGGCAUAAGCGAGCAUUUUAAAACCUCGAUGAAGAAUGUCAAGAUCGAGAAGAUAAAGAAGAUCGAGAAUCCCAGGCUCUGGAACACUUUUCAGAGGAAGAAGCUGACGAUGCAGGAUAAAGAGGAAAAACUCCUGUUUUACGCGACAGGCCGUGCCCAUGUGGAGUCUAUUUGUGCAAACAAUUUCGACCGGACCUUGCAUGGACCUCAUGAGACCAAAUACGGACAAGGGUGCCAAAAACACGGUUAUGUUUGUGGCCCGCGUGCUUACUGGCAGUUUCGUCGAAGGGAACAUGAUGUACACCAGCCCUCCUGUGCCGUACGACAGCUGUGUGGACACGAGGUCGAACCCCUCCGUCUUCGUCGUCUUCCAGAAGGAGCAGAUUUACCCCGCCUACGUGAUCGAGUAUAGUGAAGUAGACAAGGCGUGCGUGGUCAGUUAGAAACGGGACUGAGGGCCUCACCAUCCCGUUCACGUCCAGAACCAGGCCCCGAUCAUAGUGAGCGUUCACGUGUUCUUGCCGAGUUAGCUCAAGUCUCAAGUCCACGGUCCCCAAGCAUUUUUUGCCCCAAAGUUCCGAGGCCCAGGCUGCACCCCAUACAGCGAGAGCCAGGCCGGAAGCAGAGCGUGGGCCGUCGUUGACGCGCCUGGCGAGGGCUGCGUUCUCGGCUUUCUGUGAAGCUUCUCUCCCAUCCUCUCCAUUCACUGGGUGACGCGACUUGUUAAUCGAAGGAAAACUGAUUUGGGAAGUUCCAGAGGGAUCUAGUCAUGCCAUUGGAGACAAGGACAUAAGACAUUGCAUCUUGGAUGGGAGCUUGUGAGAAGCUGAGGCAAGAAGUGCUUAGGGGCAUGCUGAGAACAACAGUGGACAUGUGAAUACUGCUGCCCCUGCAGUACCGCCUGUAGUACUCUUUAGUGCUGCCGUAGUACCUCUUUAGUGCUGCCUGUAGUACUCUCUUUAGUGCUGCCUGUAGUACUCUUUAGUACCUCCUGUAGUACUCUUUAGUGCCGCUGUAGUACUCUUUAGUGCUGCCUGUAGUACUCUCUUUAGUACCUCCUGUAGUACUCUUUAGUGCCGCUGUAGUACUCUUUAGUGCUGCCUGUAGUAUUCUCUUUAGUACCUCCUGUAGUGCUCUGUAGUACUGCUUGUAACAUUCUCUUUAGUACUGCCUGUAGUACUCUCUCUAGUGCUGCCUGUAGUACUCUUUAGUACUUCCUGUAGUACUUUGUAGUGCCACCUGUAGUACUCUCUUUAGUACCACCUGUAGUACUCUCUUUAGUGCUGCCUGUAGUACUCUUUAGUACCUCCUGUAGUACUCUUUAGUGCUGCCUGUAGUACUCUGUAGUGCUGCCUGUAGUACCUCUGUAGUGCUGCCUGUAGUACUCUGUAGUGCUGCCUGUAGUGCUCUCUUUAGUGCUGCCUGUAGUACUCUGUAGUGCUGCCUGUAGUACCUCUUUAGUGCUGCCUGUAGUUCUCUGUAGUGCCACCUGUAGUGCUCUCUUUAGUGCUGCCUGUAGUACUCUGUAGUGCUCUCUUCAGUGCUGCCUGUAGUGCUCCCUUUAUCUCCUCGUUCCUUUAGGGGACAGACUCCAUGCAAGCUGAGUCUUUCUGCAGUGCAGCGAGCGUAGCUCGGAGAGAAGCAGCCAGUUGGCGUGAGCGGCCCGUUUGGGCUCUUGAUGUCAUGAUGGCAAAGUAGAUGCUUAUGUUCCAGUUCAUGAGGUUGCACGGAAGGGUGCCAGCUGUUGUGCAGGUGUGUGUACGGGGAGGCCUGAGCUGCAGGAUUAGUCACACAGGCACGGCUGGUAGCCCUAAGUGCUCCCGUAGUCAUUCGCAGGAGAGACGUGGCUCGCCAAGAUCAGGGCCGGGCCACUGCUCCUGACCAACAGGCCCUCACAGGCGCGCUUGGUGUCUGGGGAGCCCAGAAUCAGAGCCCAGAGGACAGUGUCCCUGCCGGGCCGCUUUCCUACACAGAGUGGGUCGUGUGGGAUUCUAUAGUGCGAUUAGGUGUUAGGGUAGUGGAGGUCCCUGGACCAGUAUUUCCUUCCGAUUAUGAAUCAGGUUUUGCUUCCAGCUCUCCGUUUCGACAUUCCCCUCCCGUCACCAGCGUUUCCUAGUGGAGCUGCUUCUAGCAGACGUGUACUUAGCAUUAGAGUUGGUUUUCUGCUAGACGUCCGAGUACAGGUGUCCACGACUCAGUCCGAGGGCUGCAGCAGCAGUGCUGUGUGCAGUAGGUGCUGGCCCCGUGGUCACUGCGGGUCACCUGCUCUUUGCACUUCGCUUUCUGUUUUGGAGUCCGGUUCCUGACCUUGACUCAUGUUGUGGAGCCACAGCGGAUCCAGCUGGUUCCAGCUGGUUCCAGCUGCCCACAGACACUUCUGGUUGCCUGUCUCAGGUCACGUUGGAUUCCACACACUGAAGACGGAGCUGUCGCUCUCCCAUGUGCGUGCUCCCUGAGUAUAUGGCGUCCCCACCCUGUGCCCAGUGGCUCCAGAAGUCAGCCUUGGCCGCCUCUAAGCAGUUACCACUGCAUCCCUGUGCAGGGCCCACACCUCUCACCUCUCACCUCUCACAGGGCCCGUGCAUCCCUGUGUCCCCAUCUGUGUUCGCUGCUUAGCAAGAAUGGUUCUGUCUGUAAAAGCUUACUGACUAUGCUCUUUCAAAACAGAUCUGAUGGUGCCUGCGGGUACACUUGAGACCCAUUGUCGUAAGAUCUCCCCCUCGCUGGCCCUGUGUCGCUGUCCGAGGUCUCUCUGGCCUUCUUGCAGUUCUUGGUAUCUCUUCUGCCCAGCUCAUGGCUCUCCGUGGGCACUGCUGCUUUUCAAGGGGCGAAUGCUUUAUUUUCCUCAAAAUGCAAUUCCAGGAUAAUAUACUCUACCUGUACACAGUAGUAGACAUAAAUGAAAAAUCAGCUAGAAACAAUAUCACCUACGGAUGAAUAAGGGGUUCUUUACUGGGGUACAGCUAUACUGACAUACUGAGGUAGUCGGAUGCGCACACCUACUAUAUGAGUCGAUUUGAGCAUAAAAGAAGGUAGGCAGUCAGAAGCUGUUUUGUACCUCUGGAGUACAUGUGGGUAUCAGAACAAAAGCUAGUGACACAAUAACCAAUUUACAUAUGGUAAUAGUUCCUGCAUCUGGAAAUACUUAUUUGCAUAUGAAAAAACGCAGUAACUUGCAACUGUGCAAGAAGCUUUAUAGAUUGUCGAAGCAGGACAAGAGGAGGCCAGCUUUAGGGCUUUUAAAAAAGUUCGUUGAGUAGGGCUGGUGCUGUGGCUCACUUGGCUAAUCCUCCGCCUGUGGCACCAGCACUGUGGGUUCUAGUCCCGGGUGGGGCACUGGAUUCUGUCCCGGUUGCUCCUCUUGCAGUCCAGCUCUCUGCUGUGGCCCGGGAGUGCAGUGGAGGAUGGCCCAAGUGCUUGGGCCCUGCACCUCAUGGGAGACCAGGAGGAAGCACCUGGCUCCUGGCUUCCGGAUCGGCUCAGCGCCGGGCGACCAUUUGGGGGUGAACCAACAGAAAAAAGGAAGACCUUUCUCUCUGUCUCUCUCACUGUCUAUAACUCUACCUGUCAAAUAAAAAAGUUCGUUGAGGAUAGGGUUGAAAAAUGUUUAUUUUGGUACAAAAAGAUUUGGAGAUCCAUGCAUACGAGGGCUCUUCAAAAAGUUCAUGACAAAAUAAUGCUUUGAAAAAGCUGCAUGGAUUUCAAAUCUUUUGCACUAAAAUAAACUUAGUUUAAUUCCACUUUCCCCUGAACUUUCUGACGGAUCCUCGCGCAUGGGUGUCCGGAGAGACACUCAGAAUCGUAUAGGUGCGGGGUGGUUGUGCUCGGCGGGGUGCUCAGCGGGCGGCUCUGCCCCCCUCGCGGUCAUGGUAGCCACCGAACACAUCAGACUCCCUCGCUUGGCAGCGCAGAACCGUGCAGCCUCCGUAGCUCCCGACAGGAUUCAGAAACGGACUUCUGUGCAGGUUCACACAGUGCUCUAGGCCUGUGGUUACGGAGGAGCAGAAGGUGAGAAAUUGUCGUGAGAGGAGGUGAAUUUGAGCAUGAGCGCUGUGACGUGACAGGCGUUCACUUCACUCACGCAUAGGUCUGGAGGGAAGCAGAGAGAGCGGUGAGGGGUGUGGGUGACACCAGAGUGCAAACCCGGCGGAGGAGGCGCUGGCAGACCGCGCACUCAUCUGUGUUGACGAGCGCCAUUUCCCUGCCUGAACCGGGAUAGGACGAGGCUGCACCGAGCUGCAGGUCUACGUACGUGUCCAGCGGGACUUUAGAGAGUCGUCCAGGGCACAGACACUUGGCGGGCGCGGGGGUAGCCCACACGUUGCACCGCUGUUCCCCUGGCUGCAUAGAUGCGGUUGCUGGGAGACCAGCGACUGCCUGACGCGAUCCAUUUCCCCCGACGCAGAUCCCUAGCGCCACGGCUAACUUCCAUAGAGCCCUUCCGUAGGCUAGACCGCGUCCCUGCCGCCCAGACACCACGAAAUACGUUGUGCCUUGCUGGGCUCAUUUCAGUAUCCGUUAUGCUUUCUGCGUUGGAGCGUGGGCUCCCGGGGCUCAGUCUGUCUGAUUAGCGUGGCUUUGCUGCAUCUGACGCCCAGCCUAGCUGGGUGCUUGAUACGCGGAUAACAUUGCAUCAGUUCUGGGGCAUAAGUAAGUUUUGCUGUGUCUGUUUCAAUAGUGUUGCAUUGCUUCUUGUUUUUGUUUGCUUAGUUUUUGACUGUCUAAUAAAAAAAUUUUUGUUCUGUUGUCUUUA